AUGAAGACUUUUAAGGCCUUGCUCACAUUUUCCCUUUUUGCCUUUCCGCUUGCGACAGCAGCUCAUGACCUGAGUGCCGUGGACCAUGGUAUGCAGCCAGAGACAAUGCAACACGGAGCGAUCGUUGGAGUCAUGACCAAUACAAUUAAUGCGUCAGAUAAUAUUGUUCUCAUAAAAGAUAGCAACAUCACUCUUUCGAAAAAUGAUCGGGUGCAGCUUGCGCAGACAAUCAAAGAGAUGAUGGAGAGCAGUCAAGAGUUGGGUCCUGUAAGUGCUAUGACAACUGAGGAUCUGUUUAUCCUUUUGACAAAUAGCACGACAAACCCGUCUAUGUUAUCCCAUGUUGCUGGUAUCAUUGGCGCCGCGAGAAGUGGUAACACUGGUGCGUUAGCUGGUCACGUGGUGGGUCUGCUGAGAUUUUCCAUUCCGAUUCCUUCAUCUCCGAAGUCAACAUCUACGGCUGCGGACUAA